CAAUCACAGCUGGGUGGUGUAAAUGAGACAGCCAUCAGUCGGGACUUUAACUGAUCUUGUGCUGAAAUUCUACUUAAAUUUGAUUUCGUCAAAGGACCAAUGCAACGAGCCAGUACCUGACCCGGUCUACAUGCUGCGAGGUUCUGAUAGUCCAAUCACAGCGCUUCAUUUUGUACAGGACGAGUCAACCAAUCAACAAAGAGUUCUUGCCUCAGGCAAUGUGAAUGGCCAUGUCCAGUUGUGGGAUUUGAAAACCUACCGCUGUGUGGAAUCUCUAGCUUUGGAGGAAGGAAAAUCUGUGUUGUGGAUUGAGAAGAUUCCUGUCAGUGGAGACAUCAUCACUCAAAGUAGAGCUGGGAAAGUUUGCAUCUGGUUAAGGAAAGAUGACAGCUUUAUCAAGUCAAGUUGUUUCCCAUCAGGCUCCAUGGGCUUCUGCUCAGGCUGUCUUCUUAGCACAUCUUCCACCUCACAGCUUGUUGCUAUUCCCAGCUCAGGUGACCAAUCACAAGUGGACAUCAUAGAUAUUCAGAACAAUGUACCAGUCAUGAAGCUCAAACCGGCCUCAGCCUCCACCAAACAAGGCAUGUGUAUGGCUAUCAAACGUGUCAGCCAUGAAACAGAUGUUAGCCAAAUGCUGGUUGGCUAUGAAAGUGGGAAUGUCCUCCUAUGGGAUCUCAGGGCUCAGAAAACUUUGGAUACAUUCAAGGCUCAUGAAGAAUCACUUAUGUGUUUAGAUUGUUGCGCUUCGAAAAAGCUUGGCAUAUCUGGAUCUACAGACACGGUGUUAUCUACAUGGAAAAUAUCAUCAGAUGACAAAAUUCAGUAUAAUAAGGCCAUUGAGAUCACAAAUCCCGGUGUUAGCUGUGUUCUUGUUAGAAAUGAUGCAAAGCUCUUUGCUACAGGUGGCUGGGAUAGCAGAGUCAGAAUUUUUGGUGUGAAGAAGCUUAACCUGUUGGCAGUGUUGACUUCUCACACUGACAGUGUGCAAUGCUUGACAUUCUCUCAAAAUAACAUGUUAGCCUGUGGAUCUAAGGACAAAAGAAUCAGCUUGUGGGAUAUAUACAAAUAAAUCAGAUGUGUACUUUUCA